AUGCUCGCUCCCUUUUUGGUCAGCCCCGCAUCUUGUCUUUCGUCUCCCUUCCUUUGCUUUCUUCGAUCGCUCUUGUUCACAGUGGCGGGAAGCAAUUUGUUAGUAAAGUGGCUCACUCUCUCACGAGCGCGACAGGAAAAUAUGUCAGAGGUGGAUCAACAGCAUGGGGGGCAUUCUGCACUUGAGUGCUCCGGUCACUUAUCGUUGACGAAGCGACCGCCGUCUGCUCAGGUGGGCGGAGAUCCGCUAAUUUUGGGCGUCAAGUCAAGGGUCAAAGAGCUCCGCCGUCUAGUGGAGGAAAAGUCCCGGCUACAUAAGACCUUGGAAAACAGACUGCGAGUUCAGACAACGGAGACAGCGAGGAUGAUGAGCGAACUACAGGCCCUUGACCACAAGAUAGAGGAGGCACAAUGUCGUAAGAGGCGCCUGUUGCGACUGGAUGUUGCGGCAAGGAAGCGACAGGAGCAACUCCGGGUGGCCCUGAAGGAGGCGGAUACGGCGCUCAUGCAGUUGAAGAGUAGAUGUACCCAACCAUGUGGGGUAGGGAUGGGGGCAUCGCCAGAAAAGCUCAGCUCGCAAGCUCUUCCAAUAGUGCCACCUUCUGUGGGUCCUUCGGAUGAAGCGGUUCGUGUUGCAACCGCGUGCUCUACGUGCGGGGAGAAGGAGCAAGCUGGACUACAGCAAAAGCUUUAUAGCGUACGUACCAAAUACCGGAAACUUUGUGAGGAGAACAGAAAACUGCAAAUGGCGUUGGAUGACAUCUCAGCAGAGGAGACGGCGACGUCGUCAUCAAGCACACGCAAAAGUAGUGGUUGUAGCAAUAGCGUCAAUAAAGAUAGAUUGGAGUAUAGGGUGGCGCUCGAGGAACUGAUCGGCAGUUUUAUGGAAGCAACCAGCGUCAGCGCUUCACCCCAUUAG